AUGUUGACGCGACACAAUGUAGUUACAGAGUCUUCACAUGUUGAGGCAAUACCUAUAAAUCUUGUUGCUACUGAGGAUGGUCGAACACUUUUAGCAGUAACUGAACAUAAAGAUGGUAUGUUAGAAAUUGUUGCAACUCCAGUUAUGCUUGUUGGACAAAGUGGAGGAGCUGCAUCGUUAGUAGAUGUAAGAAAUCUAAAUGGAAAUUUAACAUUGUAUUCGCCUAUUUUUCAAAUAAGCGUUGAAGAUAUUGCCAAUGAUUCGGAACUUCAGCAGUCAACAGAAAGUUUUGAAAUUGAAUCUGAUAAUACUGAUCGAAUAAAGUUGCAGUCAUGCAGGGAAGUAAAGUGCAAGAAACCAGUUACACAGGAAUAUCAAUCGCUUCCUCCGAAUGAUUCAUUAAGUAAUGAAAAGGAUGAAAAGACCUAUAAACAGAAGACAAUAAAUGUAACUGUGAAAAAGAAUAACCCUGGAAGGCCUAAAAAAAACAAAGCAAUUUCUUUGCAAGAUAUAAGCAGUUUAACAUGUGAUAUUUGUCAUCAAGAAUUUAGUAAACAGACAUUAUAUCGAAAACAUAUGGAAAAUCAUGCAGAAGAGAAACCACAUCGAUGUCCAAAAUGCUCCGCGUCGUUCAAUGUACCGACAAAUUUUACGCUUCAUAUGGCUACGCAUAAUACAGGUGAACCGAAAUGUCCAGAAUGCGGUAAAAAGUUUGCGAGAAUGGCCAGCUUAAAGUCUCAUAUGUUGUUGCAUGAAAAGGAAGAAAAUUUAUUCUGUACAGAAUGUGAAGACGCUUUUUCUACAAAAACUCAAUUGGAUGCACAUUUGAAGCUUCAUGGAGAAAAAUGGACGAUCGAAGAAGUACGAAAAUGUAAAUUAUGCAACAAGCAGUUCAGUCAACCAGCCUUAUAUAGACUCCAUAUUCGUGAGCAUUAUAGGACAAAAGUAGUAAAACAAACAAAAAGAGGGACAAAACAUAAAACAAUAUAUAAAUGUACCAUAUGUUUGAAGUCUUUUCAGAAACCAAGUCAGUUAAUGCGGCAUAUUAGAGUGCAUACUGGUGAAAAACCCUUUAAGUGUACAGUAUGCGGUCGUGCAUUCACGCAAAAAAGUUCAUUACAAAUUCAUACGUGGCAACACAAUGGCAUUCGACCUCAUGCCUGUGAAUUUUGUAAUGCCAAAUUUAGUCAGAAAGGUAAUUUGAACACGCAUAUAAUGAGAGUUCACAAUGUCCCAGAAGGAGAACCUAUAUAUGGAUGUAAUUAUUGUUCGUGUGUGUUUAAAAAGCUUGGCAGUUUAAAUGGUCAUAUGAAACGUAUGCACACUGAUGUAAAUGAGGAGAAUGUUACUAGUGGUAGUACUCAUCCAACUAAUGUGGAGUCUGAUAUACGUGCGACCGUGGACAGUGUUAUAACACAACUAGCGUCUUUGGAAUCUGACGCUCAUCAAACUACAGAAUCAUCAAAUUUCGAAUCGUGUAUAUUAUCGGAAAGCAUGAUGAAAAAAGAUAUUUUGCAGCAAGCGCUGAAAAACAGUGGUCUCCCUAGUAAAAAUAAAACUUCUUCUGAAGGUAUAUUGGAAGCGAAAAAAUUCGGAGCCCGUAUUAAUUUUGUUACAUUGUUGGAUCGUGCAGCUGACGGUGAUACGAGAAAAUAUUUGACGAUAAAACAACGAUGCGUAGGAAACGUGAGAUGGUACGCGUGUACAUUUUGUCACAAAGAAUUCAAGAAACCGUCAGACUUGAUACGUCAUUUGCGUGUACAUACGCAAGAAAAACCUUUCAAGUGCACCUACUGUUAUCGUUCAUUUGCUUUGAAAUCUACUAUGAUAGCACAUGAACGCACCCAUUCAAAUAUUAAAAGAUAUGCUUGUGGUUCUUGCGACAAAACAUUCGUGUGUCAUGGUAGUUUAAUUGCCCAUACCAGUUUGCACACAAAAUCCGAAAAUUAUUUCAAUAAAUCCAUUGACAACGAUAAGGAUCUCAACAUGCACGUCACAAUCGAUACUGAUACUCAUACUGCUAAUCAGUCGAAGUCUCAAAUAAAGGGUAAAUCAAAGAUAUCUCCAGAAGCAGAAAGACUAGUACCUCAAGUGAUCUUGCAAGAACCGUUAAUAAUUAGCGACGCGGGAAACAAAAUUUGCGUGGCACAGGUAUCUUCGAAGGAAAAACGUGUUUUCGAUACAGCUGUUGAUCAAGCUAGACCACAUAAAUGUUGGAUUUGUCAGGCAGCAUUCAGAAAGAUCAGCCAUUUAAAGCAGCAUCAUCGUCGUCACACGGGUGAACGUCCUUAUAAAUGCAUUAAGUGUGACAGGAGAUUUACAUCAAAUAGCGUAUUAAAAUCACAUUUGAAUACCCAUGAAGAUUCGAGACCAUACGGUUGUUCUGUUUGUAAUGCGAAAUUCUCUACACAAAGCAGUAUGAAAAGACACUUGGUUACUCAUAGUAAUAAAAGGCCGUUUAUGUGUCCUUAUUGUCACAAGACUUUUAAAACUUACGCCAAUUGCCGGAAACACAUGAAAAUACAUAAACAUGAAUUGGCACAACGGCAGCUGGAACAACAAAAAAUCAAAAUGCAAGAACAAGCUUCAGACAAACCGAAUAUGAAGGAAAGUUCUAAACAAGCGGCGACGCUUGAAUCAUCUUGUACCUCCUCUGUCUCUAUCACUACUAUUAAUUCCACUAUUACUGACAAUAUUUCUAUCAUUACCACCGCCGCUACCACUACCACCCCUACCAUCGUCACAGCGUCCUCUUCUACCUUUUCAGAUAAUCUUGCACUUUCUCGUCUUGGAUCAGUUGAAUUAUCAUUUCAGUCACAACUUGGAUCAGAGUUUUCGCAAACUUUUCCAGAAUUUCAAAGCAUUACCGAAGAAAAGGAAAAAGUAAGACAAGGUUUAUCGCCAAACUGUGAUGCUACAACGUUUAUCAAUCGUAUGACCAUUCAUUGAACAUCAAUCUUAUAUAUGACAUCUAUCCUUUCAGAAAAUUCACAGAUGUUACACGCGGAUGAAGCUGGCUCAGUUACGAUGCCGGUUUACUCUAGCGAUCAGGCACUCACCCCGGAAAGCAUACGGGAGAUAGAAGAGACAUUGAAUCAACAACUUUUUAAUAUUGGGAUGAACCUUAACUUGGGAAGUAAUCAUUCAAGACACUCAAGUAGUGCAAAUACCAAUGAUUUUGAUCAUAUAAAAGAACACUCACAGCCUGUGUUAAAUGUUAUAUAUGAAAACAAUAAUAGCAGUAACAGUAAUAGUAAUGUAGAAUCAUCUGAAGGACAUGUAUUUUCAUCACAGAUUGGUUCAUUUGAGAUGGACCAUGUUGCCUUGCAAUCUGAUGCUGAAAUUGAUAUCGGAUUAGAUACAAGAAAUUCAACUAACAUGGCAAGUAUAUUACCUAGAAGUGUGAAAGAUGAACAUCGACUUUCUGUUUGUGUUACAACACCAGAUAAUCUAAAUGUUGAACAAUCAGAAAGAUCUAGUGUGCAAGCAGUAAUGUUUGUUUCUCAACAAAAUUUUCCUAAAAAAGAGAGUGUAGCACAUGAAUUCACAAUAGAAGAGAACAACAAGGGUACUAUUAACAAGCAAUGCACAAUCAACCCGAUAUUCUUUACAGAAGAGUUACGGGAAACGUUACAAGAUUUUAAAGGGCAACCAAAUAUACAUGGUUUGCCACCCGAUGUUCCAGAAAUCGUUCAAACCACUGCUACUACUGCUAAAAUAUCUGAGGAACAAUCUCUAUUGCAAUGUCAUAUGUGUAGUCAACAAGGAUUUACAACAGUUGGGUUGAAAGAACAUUUGACAAGCCAUCGUGGAACAAAAGAGUAUCAGUGCACAGAGUGCUCUUCUAAAUUUUACACAAACGGUGGAUUAAAUAGGCAUUCAAAGAUUCAUAUUGUAAAACAAUCGUUUAAGUGCAUUUCAUGUGAGAAGCACUUUAAUAGCAAAAUCGAAUUGAAAUCACACAAUAAAAUUCAUGAAACACUAAUGUGGAACACAUCAGAAAUAAAUAACGUUUCAGAAAAUUCGAUGCUUUCAUCGGAAGUGCAACCGAUUGAAAAUGGUCAUCUUCCUUUGAAUAAUAUCGUAAUAGAUCCGGAUUCCGCUGUUUCAGAGAAAGUUCUUCUAGAUACAGUAGCGGAAAGAGAAGUAAUGGAUCGUGUAGAGAAUAUCUUGAUAGACAAAAAGGAACAGAAGGAAUAUACAAAUAAAUGUAAAUAUUGCCCGAAAACUUUUCGUAAACCAAGUGAUCUUAUAAGACAUGUACGCACACAUACCGGAGAACGGCCAUACAAGUGUGAUUAUUGCAAUAAAAGUUUUGCUGUAAAAUGUACAUUGGAUUCACAUACUAAAGUUCAUACUGGGAAGAAAACAUUUCGUUGCCACGUAUGCAAUAGUCUGUUUGCAACUAAAGGCAGUUUGAAAGUUCACAUGCGUUUGCAUACAGGUUCAAAACCAUUUAGGUGCCCUAUUUGUGAUUCAAGAUUUCGAACUUCCGGUCAUAGAAAAGUGCAUUUGUUGAAACAUGCCCGGGAAUGCAAAGAUAAUCCAAAGAGAAGACAAAAGCAUUUAAAGGUUGCAGUUAUAGCUGAAGUGGCAGCAGGUCUUGAAAAAUUUGACGAAAAGAAAGAGGAGAUGAAUAGUUUCGAAUCAAAACAACCAGUACGACAGGAACAACUAACACAAACAGUCACAGGAUUAGCUUCCCAUUUAGAAGCAUAUAAUAUUGAGACAGCAACUACCUGUUUAUCUGAUCAAAUUAAUUUCGAUACUGAGGGUAUUGUAUCGAAUAAUAAUCAAACAAUAAUGUCGAUAAAUGAAAGCAAUCAAUUAGUUACGAAUUUACAUUUUCUUUUGACACAUGGUCUUGUUACCAUUCAAACCGAAGAAUCGUUACUGUCACAGUCAUCUGCAUCAUCAGCAUCAUCAGCAUCAUCAGCAUCAUCGGCUAAUAACUCGUAUCACCGACCGGUUGUUGUUUCUGAUACUGGAUGUACAUUAGCGACAUCCAGCGUUACGUCUGAUAUUAGUAACGAGCAUACAAAGGAAGAAACUCAUAUAGAACAAAUAUUAAAAACGCCAUCGAAUAACUGUCUUUUAGCGGUAUCAACUGUGACAACGCAGUUAGAGCCAUCACUCUCAAAGGUGCCAGCGAAAAAGGCGUUAUCAGUAGUAGCAGAAAAGCCAGCAGUUAAAGGAAAUCUGUCUAAAAAGGAGUGCGACAUUUGUGGGAAAACAUUUACAAAACCGUACCAAGUUGAAAGGCAUAAGCGAAUUCACACUGGUGAACGACCAUACAAAUGUGAUUUGUGUACGAAAUCAUUUGCUCAAAAAUCAACUCUUCAGAUGCACCAAAAACACCAUACUGGCGAUCGGCCAUAUGUUUGUCCGUACUGUGAAUAUUCUUUUACGCAAAAAGGCAAUCUUCGAACACAUGUGAAACGUGUUCAUCAGUUGGAUGCCAUCGACGUUAGGAAAUGGAAGCGCGUGCGUCAAUCCUUCUUACCCAAAGCAUCUCUUCAAGAAAACACUAUCGAAGCUAAAAGUUUAAGUUUGGACAACAUAUCUUUUGUCGAGCUUCUUAAGUAACACGCAUCUGGUACAAACUAUCGUUACUUUUUUUUUUUUUUUAAUUAAA